AUGUACAGUAGAUCUUCAAUGAAGAUGAUUAAUGGUAAACUAGAUCUCAACGUUUCUCAAUUUUUUACAUAUUCUGAAAACACACGAACUCGUUCCAAAAAGAAAGUCUCAUGGAGCAGAUGUAAAACCAAAACUAGAAAGCAUUUUAUUCUAAACCGUACGCUGAGUAACCCCAAGUUUCUAAAACAUAUAUCAGAUCUUGAAUAACGAGAUGUCUGACAACUGAUGAUUGCAACAUGAACUACCACAUAACAUUAUUUCCUCCCUCCUGACCUAACUGUCCUGUUAACAAACUUUCGUUCCUAUUUAUUCUUCUUGUUUCUAUCCCUCUUAUUCAGUGUAUUGUAUUUAUGAUCUAUUGUAUGUGUACAUUUUUCUUUUUUCUUCAACUUUUUCCACGUCUCCUCGCGAGCGUAAAUAAAUAA